CACUAGCUACCACCUCCCGCUCCUCGUCAAACCCCCGGCCUCCUCCGGUUCUCUACAAAUUCUCGUCGUCUCGCUUGUUCCACCUGCGAAUCUGCGAUUGACGCGUAUCCACUGCUGCUCUUUGUGCCGUUGAUCGGCUUCCGAGUUAUAGUUGCCGUUGGGUUUGCAUCCUUCCAUCGGCUUCAGAGCUGACCGGAGAAGCUAGCUAGCUAGCUAGGGAAAGAGGUUUGCUUGCUCUGUUUCUUGGUGGUUCAGGGAUGCCGGACUCGGACAACGACUCCGGCGGUCCGAGCAACGCGGACUUCUCUUCGCCCAAGGAGCAGGACCGGUUCCUGCCGAUCGCCAACGUGAGCCGGAUCAUGAAGAAGGCGCUGCCGGCCAACGCCAAGAUCUCCAAGGACGCCAAGGAGACGGUGCAGGAGUGCGUGUCCGAGUUCAUCUCCUUCAUCACCGGCGAGGCCUCCGACAAGUGCCAGCGCGAGAAGCGCAAGACCAUCAACGGCGACGACCUGCUCUGGGCCAUGACCACGCUCGGAUUCGAGGACUACAUGGAGCCGCUCAAGCUCUACCUCCACAAGUUCCGCGAGCUUGAGGGCGAGAAGGCCGUUGGCGUCGGGGCUGCCCCUUCACCAGGCGGCUCCGGCUCGCAGUCGCAGCAGAGGGAGUCCACGACGCCAAGGGGCAAUGGUGAACCCGGCGGCGGCUACGGCGGCAUGUACGGCGGCGCCGGGGGCGGCGGCAUGUUCAUGAUGAUGGGGCAGCCCAUGUACGGCGCCUCUCCGCCGGCAUCAGGGUACCAGCAUCCGUCGCAUCACCACCAGAUGAUGACGGGAGGGCAAGGUGGAUACGGCUACGGCGAUGGCGGUGCCGGCGGCGGGACCUCGUCGUCUUCAGGGUUCGGCAGGCAAGACAGGACAUGACUGUACCUGCUGCACGAACUUCUUGGUUGUCGUAUCUGUUUUAUUACUGUUAACUGAUGAAGUUGGAGCUGGUGCCGUGCAAAGGCUAAUUAUUCUCCAACAUUUUCUUGUGCGUUAUAUGUGCUUAAGCUAGCUAUUUUAUUGUUAAUUAGCACCAUCACCACCGUAGUUGCAUUUAACCUCUUGAGGAUCCAUCAUCUGUGCUGCUAAAAUGGGCUUUUGACAAGGUACAUUUUUAAGAUCAAUGGCAAGUGCAUUUUGACAGGAA